AUGGUGCUCAACCUCCAAGACAAGCAGAAAGAGAACUUGCUUCGCAUGCUCGACUUUAACGUCGAGUCGGCGGGGACGACCGACGCCACGAGCUCGUGGGGCGAGCAGUGGAAGGUGCUGGUGUACGAUCCAUUUUGCCGCGAUAUUAUCUCGCCCAUCUUGAAGCUCCACGAGCUGCGCAAGAAGGGCGUCACGUUGCACAUGCUCCUCGAGAACGAUCGCGAAGACAUUCCGGACGUGCCGGCCAUCUACUUUGUGCAGCCGACAGACGCGAACCUCCAGCGCAUCGUGGCCGACUGCGCCCGCGAGCUCUACGCGACGAUCCAUCUCAACUUUGCCGAGCCGAUUCCGCGCGCUCGCCUCGAGACGUUUGCAAAAGGCUGCGUCGACGCCGGGUGCACGUCGAUGGUCGCCAAGGUGUUUGACCAGCACGCCAACUUUGUGUGCUUGGAGCCCACGCUCUUCUCGCUCAACCACGCCUCGAGCUACCGCGCGUACAACUCGACGGCGAUCACCGACAGCCACAUUGAGCAGACCAUGCACGACAUCACCCAAGGCCUCUUUAGCGUCCUCGCGACGCUCGGCGUCGUGCCUGUGAUCCGCGCGCCGGCGACCGACGGCCCCUCGCGCAUGGUGGCCGAGCAGCUCAACCAAAUGCUCCGGGACCACUUGGCGGCGCGGUCGGGCGUCUUCCAAGACACGAGUGCCAACUUCCAGCGCCCCGUGCUCAUCAUCGUCGACCGCAACGAAGACCUCGCGUCGGGCUUGCACCACCCGUCGACGUACCAGGCGCUUGUCGACGACAUGCUCAAAAUCAAACUCAACCGCGUCAACGUCCGCGUCGCGAGCGACCAAGGCGCGCCAGCCGACAAGUCGUACGACCUCGACGUCCGAAGCGACAAAUUUUUCGAGCAGUACGCCGGCGUGCUCUUCCCGGACGCGAUCGCCGCCAACGAAGAAGAGCUCAAGAUCGUGACGAAAAAAGAAAAGGACAUCAGUGCCAAGGCGAGUGGGCACGCGGUGGGCGGAACAAAGGACCUCGUCGCGGCCGUCGACACGCUUCCCGCGCUCCUCGAGAAGAAAAAGUCGCUCGAAGUGCACACCAACAUCUUCCACGCCACGUUUGAGAGCGUCUCGGCCCGCCACGUGCACGAGUUUUCGAUGCUCGAGCAAAAGCUCAUCGACGGCUCGCACGUACCCCAGCAAGAUGUCCUCGACCUUGUCGCGAGCGCCGACAAGGGCAACACCAAGGACAAGCUGCGGCUGCUCAUGAUCUACUACUUGACGAGCGGCGCGUCGACGGCCGAGAUGGCCGACCUUGAAGCUGCGUUUCGUGCCCAGCCCGACGCAGCCGCCUUUGAGAGUGCGUGGUUGCACGUCAAGCAGCACACGUCGUUUCAACAGCACGCGAGCGUCGGCGGCGCGAUUGGCAACAGUGACGCCACCGGGGCGUCGACCAAGCUCAAGGGCUACCUCAACGCCAACUGGGCGGGCAGCUUCACCCAAGGCUUCUUGUCCCAGGCGGCCGAGAGCUUCAAGAACUUUUUGCCGGAAAACAAAAAGCUGCAGGUGACGCGCGUUGCCGAUGCCAUCUGCGAGCUGCGCCAGGGCACGGAGGACGACCACUACGUGUACUUGGACCCAAAGAUCAAGGCGACCGCCAACGUCCCGCGCCAGCGCACGCCCUUCAAGGACGCGAUCCUCUUUGUCAUUGGCGGCGGCAACUACCACGAGUUCCACAACACGCAGGCGUACGCGACGGCCACUGGCCGGCAGAUCGUGUACGGCUGCACCGAGCUCCUCUCGCCCGACGCGUUUCUCGACCAGCUCACGCGGCUCUAA